AUGACUGCCCCGCCGGACACAGAACGCGCAUGGAACGAGACGCCGUUCGACAUCGAGUCGGCGGUCGCGACCCUCCGAAGCCUGUAUGGCGCGACCACGGAUCCAUCCUCGCCAAUCCAGGUCGACUUUGUCAACAUCCGCAACGAGUUCCACGGGAGAGGCUAUGAUACCCCCCGCGUCGAGGUUCUGCAGCUGCGUCCAGGACUGGAUAAGUACAUCCUCCACUUGCGGUGGGACCAGAGCGCCACCAUGAAGCUGGAUCUCAACGUCAUCUUCCCGAAGGGAGAGGACGCGCCGCGCGAGCUCGUUGUCGUCCUGCAUCCCUACACGUCCAUGGGCCACGUGGCGGGAACCGAAACCAUGAAGUUCCUCUUCUGCGACACGGUGAACGCCAUGCUCGAGGUCAUGAAUCACGGCGGCACUGUGACUUUUGUUGGACAUGAGGGUGUCGACUUCCGCCAGGCAAGUGGGUUCGACGACGUGAAGCCGAGGCCGCUCAAGAUCAAGGUCAGAAACCUGCGUUUGCUCAAGCCCGCCGAUGGUGGCAUCCAGUAUGUCACCCUCGAUGAGUGGCACCACCCAUCUUGCCCGUCGCAUCACAACAUUUAUCCAUCCACAAUGACGCCAGUCAUCGACCAUACGGCGCACCCGCACAUCGUCGACGCCAUCCUGGACGCAUGCGACACGCCGACGCUCGUUUCGUUCCGGGCCACGUCGCGUGCGUUUCGAGACAAGUCCAACGCAAGGCUGUUCGCCCAUUGCGCGACGGACGGACAAACCCUCGUCUCGGCGCUUGGUGGGGCCCGCCUCCCAGCCGCGUGGGGCGAGGUGAAGGCGCUCGACGUCGGCUAUUCAAACCCCAACUUCACUCGCCUCGACGGCCUCUCCAAGCUGCGGCGCCUAGAGCCCGACGCGCUGAAUGCGCCGGAUGGACUCGACGAAGCGCUGGACGCGCUGGAUGGACUCGAUGUUCUGGUCGAUUUUGUAUCGCUCGUCGACGAAGACCGCUGGGUCCGAGUACCCUGCAGGCUCGGCCGGUACGUCCUCCACCUACGAUGGCGGGAGGACAAUACCAUGCCGUACGUCAUACUCGACGUCGAUUUCAGCGAGGGUCGCCGGCCCGAUGAGUGGGUCAUCGUGCUGCACCCGUGUGCGGCGGCGGACGAGGAGCCGGCAGCAGAGGAGGAUACCCUCAGCUUCCUCCUCCAGUCGGUUGUGGACUCCAUUGUCGACGUGGUGCGCAACGGAACCGUCACCUUCGUCGGGCUGGAGUCUGUGUCGCCGCGCACCUUGGGCGGCGUGGAGGAUACCCCCGCCGCCAAGACAGCCGCGAUCAAGGGCAUGCUGGCGGAGAUCUGGCUGUCGGAAGGGCUGGUAGAGCCCGACGAGCUGGACGCGACACUGUCCAAAGUCACGUUUGUAUCCCUCGACGAGUGGCGCGCCGGCCUCGAUGAGGAGGGCGGAGACGCGCUCGCCCUGCAGUGCUGCUGGCCUAACGAGGUACAUCGUUGUCGACGACGACGAUGA